AAAAAUAAAAUCAAUUUUAAAAAAUCAUAUUAUAAAUUAACAAUCAUUAUAUUUACUAUUAUAUAAUUUUGUUAAUAAAAUUAGUUAUAAGCAUGGUAAACCUAAUACUAAUAGUUUUCACGGCAUACACUAUAUGGUUGCCACUGAUGAUGAUGCCUUAAAUUUUACUAGGUCAGCCAUAAAAUCCAUGAUUGAAACGUGGCAGAUUCAUCCGGGCAUGUUUACGGGGCAAAGGAAAGUAAGGGUCGAUCCAUGGAUUGCAUCAAAAUCAUAGCCAACCCGGAGGUAAAGGGGUUUAUAGGGGUCUACCAUUCCUAUGAGAACGGUAUCGCAUACUCCCAUAUGGCUACGGCUGACAACGUGUUGGGUAAAUGGACGUGGUUUAGGGCCAUUGGUGGACCGGGAAUUCAGGGUGCAAAUUCUAGUGCAACUCAUCCUACAAUAGCAGUGGCAGAGGACGGAGGGUUUGCCGUGGCCUGGGAACAGGAGCCUGUGAGGCACCUAAAAUUUUCGUACUACAAAAACUGGGAUGACCUAGUUAGUGGUCACGUUUCCAAACAAUACGACGCUCCCCAAACACUAUCGAAAUGUGCCGAGGGCACUCCACACUUUUACUACGCCAGUAGCACCUACCUUGAUAUGGGACACCAUUUCUACAACAACUGCGACACGGACAGGGAAGCACGGGGGGACAGGGAUUCCAGUAGCUUCAGGGGUCACGACUUUAUGGUGAUAAAGGCCCAGAAAGUGAAAGGUGAUUUUUCUACCUGA